AUGGAUGCUCUCCGCUGGUUGCAAGAAAAUAAUCAGCUUUACAACGACAUCAAUGUCUGUGAGGAUUGGGAAACAUAUUGGGAAGAAGACGACGCUGAUCUCUGGAAUGCAAUGACAAGGGCAUGUGAGGAACAUGCAUUAUGGACCAAGCUAUUGAGAAUUUCGACACCGCAACAGGCAGCCUGAAUGAAUGCCAUGUUUCACUAAAGGAAUACCGAAUGGUUUUCCGUGCAGGAUUGCGUGAUCCAUGCACGAGGGAUGUUGCGAGACUUUCGGAAAGCGUAAAAAUACGGCGAGUGUAUUUUUACGCUUUCCGAAAGUCGAGCAACAUCUCAAGUGCAUGGAUCAUGCUAUCCUGCACAGGAAAACCAUUUGGUAAUUGUUUUACAAAAUUACUACAGUGAAACGACGCUUAACUUGAUUAAAAUUACUGAUGAAAUGUGCAGUUCUCACAACAUCCGUGAAUUAACCAAUCAGAGAAUCGCUACUCCACGCUAUUGAAAACAACAACAUAUGUGAACAGAAUUUGUCAAUUUGAUUGCAAAUUCGUGAAAGUAUACAGCGAAAAUACAGGGACUUUUUCGAUAAAAUAUACGAAAGUUGGAAUGGAAAACCCGCUAAACAGAGAGCCAAAGUAGUUUUGAAGAUUCUCGACCUGAAUAUGUGAAGAUUGCGAAGCGUUUGAUCAACUUUGAAGCGAGAGAUGUUGUACUUGCAUGCCAUGGUCUGAUGAAUUUCAACGCUUACUACGCGUUGCUACUUGCUGAAUAGCAAUGUAUCGAUCAGAAAUUUAUUCAUACAACUAAACCGACGUCUCAAUAAUUGGAAACUUACUUCAAAGUCGAAAGGUAUCGUACAAUGAAACUGUACAACGCGAGUAUAUUUGUAAAAUUAUAUGCAAUAAUUUCUGUUCAGAAUUUCCCGUGCAGGAUUGUCUGAUCCUGCACGGCUGUUGACCAAUGAAAUUGCGUGUUCCAUGUACUGUAGUUAUUAUAUAAAAUCUGAUACUACCCUUUCACUUUCACCAAUUGGAAAAUGAUUAUCAGCUGUUAACACAUUUAGCCAGAAGACAUAACUUGAAGAUUAAAUAUGUACCCGGAGAUGGGAAUUGUUUCUUUCAUGCGGUAUCAUUUUGUCUUCGUGCAGCUGGAAUACAAGUCAUUAGUGGUCCAGAUAUUCGAGCUGCACUUAUCCAGUAUUUUCAGACAACAGACGAGAAACGUCACUAUAUGGGUUUUCUUGAAUUUGACGAUACUACUUUUACCAAUUCUCUCUCCACAGAAGAACAACAGCUCCAGGAGUUCGAGUUAUAUGUUAAUCGUCUAAGAAAUGGCGAAUGGGCAGACAAUCUGGCAGUACAAGGUGUGGUUGAUAUGCUAAACGUUAACAUAAGGGUUAUUAACACGAUCACACCUAACUGGAUACACCAAAUUCAACCCAGACAGCAAACGACUGACAAUACUAUUACACUUGGCCAAAUGGGAGAACUUCAUUAUGUUGCUCUUGAAAAUGUUGAAGAGAUGAUUAGAAAUGAAUCACGUUUUUAGGAAGCAACCAACCAAAUUGAAGAUGAAGAAGACAUUAUUGCCUACGACUACGAGCAAACAAGCAAACUUCGAGGAAUCCCAUAUGAUACCCUGUUGCAAGACGAACAACAACUUGUCAAUGAUGAUAGCACAUAUUCUAUAGCUCCUGGAGAAAAUCAAACACCGUGCGCAUUCUUGAUGGAUGAAAAAUUUGAGGAGUUGGCUAACCCUUCUAAAUAUCCUUAUGGCCGUGGCGGCCUAUCAACAAAAAGACAGAGAAAAAUCACAGCCAGAAAAUAUUUUAAUCAGAGGUUAUUACACAAAGAUGGCCGAUUCGCCAGUGAUAUUGAUUACCUCUUGGCUGCACAGUAUACAGUUGAAGCAAAACAAGUUCGGGAUGAUAUGCAAAUAACUUUACGACAGACUCGUGGCCAAUCAUUCCAAAACCGAACGGUAAACGCUGGCCUGGUUAAGUCAUCCGAUAAUCUACAAGCUAUGAUUCGUACGGAUACAGCAUUCAAGUUUCUGAAGAAUGUUCGUGGAUCUCCUGCUUAUUGGAAAACUGUUUUGCUAGAUUUAUUAGCCAUGGUGCGACAACUUGGAAUGCCUACAUGGUUUUUGACUCUUUCCGCAGCAGAUAUGCAAUGGCCUGAAGUUAUCCAGAGCAUCGCACGUCAAUAUGGUAAAGUAAUGACGGCCGAUGAUGUAAAAAAUAUGCCAUGGGUGGAAAAGUGCAAAUGGUUACGUUCCAACCCAGUGACAGCAUCCCGUCAAUUCAAACAUCGCUUGGAUCAAUUCUUCAAAGAGUUCACAGGCGGAAAGGCCAAUCCAAUUGGCGAACUGCAAGACUAUAUGAUCCGUAUAGAAUUUCAAGCUCGAGGAUCUCCCCAUGCACACACAAUUAUAUGGAUUAAAGAUGCCCAUAAACUUGAUGCCAAUACUGACGAAGAAGUUAUCUCUUUCAUUGACAAAUACAAGACAUGUGUUAUUCCUGAUGAAAACACCGACCUAAGAAAUCUUGUCCUCUCCUUGCAAAAACAUGUACACUCAUCGACUUGCAGAAAACGUGGUUCAUGUAGGGUUAUGUUAGGAUGUUAGGGUUUGUAAUCCAAGUGAGAAUAUAUACAUUUUAAGACCUAACCAGGAACGACUGCAAAAAAUGCAGCACAAGGCCCUCUGGUAGGAAUUGAACCUACGGCCCUGCGAAUCUACGGCCCUGCGAACCUACGGCCCUGCGAACCUACGGCCCAGCUCAACAGCUGGCCUCUGUAGCUCAGUUGGUUAGAGACCAACUGAGCUACAGAGCCCAGCUGUUGAGCUGUAACCGUAAGUUCAUGUAUAUAUAGGUAAUCGGGUGUGCGGGUUGUGAUAAGGUGGAAUUGAAUGACUUAGAUUCUUGCACUUCACUUGGUGGAAUUAAUAUUAGGAUGUUAGGGUUUGUAAUCCAAGUGAAAAUAUAUACAUUUUAAGACCUAACCAGGAACGACUGCGAAAAAUGCAGCACAAGGUCCUCUGGUAGGAAUUGAACCUACGGCCCUGCGAUUCCGGAGCAGCGCUCUAACCAAUUGAGCUACAGAGGCCAGCUGUUGAGCUGUAACCGUAAGUUCAUGUAUAUAUAGGUAAUCGGGUGUGCGGGUUGUGAUAAGGUGGAAUUGAAUUACUUAGAUUCUUGCACUUCACUUGGUGGAAUUGAUAUUAGGAUGUUAGGGUUUGUAAUCCAAGUGAGAAUAUAUACAUUUUAAGACCUAACCAGGAACGACUGCGAAAAAUGCAGCACAAGGUCCUCUGGUAGGAAUUGAACCUACGGCCCUGCGAUUCCGGAGCAGCGCUCUAACCAACUGAGCUACAGGGGCCAGCUGUUGAGCUUUAACCGUAAGUUCAUGUAUAUUUAGGUAAUCGGGUGUGCGGGUUAUGAUAAGGUGGACUUCAAUAAUUUGGAUUCUUGCACUUCACUUGUUGGAAUUAAUAUUAGAAAGUUAGGGUGUGUAAUCCAAGUGAGAAUAUAUACAUUUUAAGACCUAACCAGGAACGACUGCGAAAAAUGCAGCACAAGGUCCUCUGGUAGGAAUUGAACCUACGGCCCUGCGAUUCCGGAGCAGCGCUCUAGCCAACUGAGCUACAGAGGUCAGGUUCCCUCAUCCACCAAGCGGGAAAACAUUGAUAGCAAGACCACCUGAUGAUUCCGAUCCAACUAUUCUACAAAACAUUCUGAAGACAAACCAAGAAGUGCUUCGUAAAGUUCGAGAGUUGAUGGAAGACAAAAACAUUCCAGAGGAAAUCACUUUACAGUCCUUGCUACAAAAAGCUAAUGUGGAACCGCACUUAUACGAGCGAGCCCUUGAACUAAUGAAGUCGGGAAUAGGUAUCAAGCUCCAACGUCAGCCUUCUGAAAGAUGGAUCAACCAAUACAAUCCCAAAAUCUUGCAAACGUGGCGUGCGAACAUGGAUUUGCAAUUCAUUACAGAUCCUUACUGUUAAGUUAUGCUCAUAAUACUUCAUAUAAUGUAAUUAGUUGUGAUUUUAGUUCAGUUAACCAAUGAUAUGAUUAAGACAAUGAAUACAAUAUAUUUCCUGUAAUACCAUAUAUAGCAUGAUUAACAAUUAUUCUGACCAAUUGUAAUUUAGCACAUUGUAACAUAAACGCACUUGAUGUAAGAUAAAACUUAGUUCUUGUAUGCUUCCACAGAGUGUGUAUCUCUUGUAAUAAAGAAUGACAAUUAUAUAAUAAUGACAACUACAACGAACUCAACAGGUUAUGGGCCCAGAAGAGGCUUGCUAUUCGACGGUAACGAAAGCAAAUAUGAGUUGUGGGAAGUAAAGUUCCUGGGCUAUAUGCGGCUACAAAAGUUAUACAAAGUAUUCGUGCGACACACAAGCGAGAAAGACCCACCAGACGCUUCGACGCAAGCUGAUGCUUUUGCCAAACUCGUGCAAUGUCUGGACGAUAGAAGUUUAUCGCUAGUGAUACGAGACGCGAGAGACGACGGAAGGAAAGCGCUAGAAGUUCUCAGACAGCACUACCAAGGGAAGGGAAAGCCACGUAUAAUUUCGCUUUAUACCGAACUGACAUCGCUAAAGAAAGAAGAGAACGAGCCAAUAGUCGAUUAUGUCAUACGAGCCGAGUCAUUUGCGACAGCGUUACGAAAUGCCGAGGAAGCUAUCAGCGACGCAUUGUUAAUCGCGAUGGUUUUGAAAGGCUUACCGAGGGAAUACAACACGUUUGCCACGGUAGUUGUGCAAAGAGAGAAACAAAUGACUUUCGCCGAAUUCAAGAGCGCGCUACGAAGCCACGAGGAAAGCGCAAAGACACAUGGUGGGAAGCCUGCCAGCGCGGGGGAGAAUAUUAUGUUGACGAAGCAAAAGUUCGAUGGGAACUGUUUUAAAUGCGGGAGAAAGGGACAUAAAAGCGUGGAGUGUUGGUCGAAGACAUCGGAAAGAUGGUGUAGCAACUGUAAAAAUAUAACCCACGAGACAAAGAAUGCCGGAAGAAGAAAGAUGCGGCGAAGACAGCAGCCGAGAAAACAACGUCAAGUGAGAACAAUGAACAUACGUUUGCCUUUACAUCCAAGGACACAAUUAAUAUAUCAGGUAUAAAUAAUAAGAGUAAUUCUAGUUUAUUAGUAGAUACUGGAGCCACAAGUCACAUUAUAAAUGACAAAUCAAAAUUUGUGGACUUUGAUAAAGAAUUUAAUCCUAGUGCGCAUGUCAUAGAACUCGCUGAUGGCAGUAAAGCCAACGUAGUAUUAGGAAAAGGAAAUGCCAAAGUUAAACUUUAUGACGUCAAUGGUAAUGCACGUGAAGUAAUGUUAAAUAGCGCAUUGUAUGUUCCGUCCUAUGAUCAAAAUAUUUUUUCAGUGCAUGCUGUGAUAGAAAGGGGGGCCAGUAUUAGUUUAGAUAAGCAGGUGAAACAGCUCAAAUGUCCUGAUGGCACAACGUUUGGAAUGGAACAAAAAGGUAGGUUAUAUAAUUUAAAUAAUAUUUCAUCCUCUAAGAAUAGUGCAUGUUCUCUGCAUGAAUGGCAUAAAAUCCUUGGUCACUGUAAUUAUGGUGAUGUUCAGAAAUUGGAAAAUGUUGUAGAGGGGAUGAAUAUUUCCAACUAUGAUGAAGUAGAGUACUGUUUGCACUAAAGGUAAGAUGUGCCAAUUUAGGAAUAGAUCCCCAGAUGAAAGAGCAACUGCUCCAUUAGAUUUUGUGCAUUGUGACCUGGCUGGUCCUAUUGAUCCUGUAGGAAGAGAUGGCUUUAAGUAUGCUUUGUCAUUCGUUGAUGACUAUUCAGGGAUUAUUAUGGUCUAUUUUCUAAAAUGUAAGAGUGAUAACCCAGAAGCAUUACAGCAAUUUUUGGCUGAUGCUGCUCCUUUUGGGAGGGUUAAGCGUGUCAGGAGUGACAAUGGCACAGAAUUCACUAAUCAUAAAUUCAAAUCUAUUCUUCGAGAAAAUGGGAUAAGGCAUGAGACUAGUGCACCAUAUUCCCCACAUCAGAAUGGAACGGUGGAAAGAGCAUG